AUGCAGCUCAUGCGGUGGAGCAUCACUCGCCGGCUGGAGAGCCGCGGACUGAAGGAACGCCGCGACGCCAAGACCUGUCAGAGGUUGGCGGGAGAGGAGAACGACUCCGCGUCGGAGGGUGAGGAGAGCGGCGGUGGAGUUGGCGGGGACGAGGCGGUGGACCUGAGAGCGUCGCGGUCCCACCACGGGGAGGAGGAUGACCGGGACAGAGAGGAGUUGCCCAUGGAGGAGGACGAGGAGGAGGUCGCCGAGGAGCAAGACGAGCAGGAGGACGAGGAGGAGGGCACGCGGAAGCGGAUGCGCCACCGACAAGACGCGGAGAACAACAACAGCUUCGCGGAGGGCGGCCCCCCGGCGGGCAUGUUCCCCCCCGUGGGGACGAGCCACGUGACCCUGGAGGCGCUGCAGAACACGAAGGUGGCGGUGGCGCAGUUCGCGGCGACCGCCCUGGCGGGCGGCGCCGACAGCGAGGCGGCCCUGCAGGACCUGGCGCUCCUCCAGAGCACGCUGUACACCCUGCAGCACCAGCAGGUCUUCCAGCUGCAGCUGAUCAGCCAGCUGCAGCAGCAGCUAUCGAUAACGCACGGCCAGGCGCCGGCGCAGCCGCCACCGGGAGUGGGCGGCGGCGAGGGGGCGACGCUCGCCGACGCCGCGCCGAAGGACGUCGUCUCGCCGGCGGCGGCGGUGCAUCCGGCCAAGGCGCUGUCCGCCCUGGCGACGCCGCCCUCCUCGCGGCCGCCGAGCCACCAGCAGCCGUCGCCGUCGCCGCUGCCCCCGGGCGGCGCGGCGCCCGGCGGUCCCCAGGAGCGACCCGCGCCCUCCGGCAGCGCCUCGCCGAUCGGGCUGCCCCCGCUGGGGGCGGCGGGCGUCGCGGGCGUCGCGAGCGCGGUCGGCGGCUCCUCCGUCGGCAGCCAGCUGCCCCUGGUCCACCAGAUGCCGCCCCUCUGCUCGAUCAGUUCCUCCCUGGCCUCGUCGAUCAUCACCAACACCGACCCGCCGCCGCUCCACGAGCCCAACACCCUCGAGAUGCUGCAGAAGCGGGCCCAGGAGGUGCUCGACAACGCGAGCCAGGGCCUGCUGGCCAACAACCUGGCCGACGAGCUCGCGUUCCGCGGCGGCAAGGGCUCCCGGCUGUCGCCCUACGACUCGAAGCCCGCCGGGGGCCGCGGCGAGCCGUUCUUCAAGCACCGGUGUCGCUACUGCGGCAAGGUCUUCGGCAGCGACUCGGCCCUCCAGAUCCACAUCCGAUCGCACACAGGUGAGCGACCCUUUAAAUGCAACGUCUGCGGGAGCCGAUUCACCACCAAGGGGAACCUCAAGGUCCACUUCCAAAGGCACUCGGCCAAGUUUCCGCACGUCAAAAUGAACCCGAAUCCCGUGCCCGAGCACCUCGACAAGUACCACCCGCCCCUCCUCCAGCAGCUCGCCGCGUCCGGCCAGAGGCCGCUGCCCUCGCCGCCCCCGCCGCCGCCACCGCCGCCGCCGCCGCCGCCGCCGCACCACCCGCCGUUUCAUCCGGCGGCGACCCACGGUUUCCUUCCGCCCCAGCCGCCCCUGCCCCUGAGCCUCGCCUUGCCCGGUAUGCCGCCCCUCUACCGAUCCCCGACCGUCAACCACAGGGACGAUCAGGACCUGCCGGAGAACCUCAGCAAGCCCGCGGGCCCCGAGCCCCACUCGCCCGCCGCCAAUUCCUCCCACGGCUCCUUCCUCGAGCACCAUCGGCAGAAGCAGCCGCCCCGGGACGAGAUCAAGCUCGAGCAGCGGCAGUCGCCCACGCAGGACCCGUACCAGAGGCUGGCCGGCGCGGAGGAUGGCGAGCGCGUCACCCCCAAGCGGGAGCCCGAGGACGCCGAGGAGGUGCCCGAGGACGAGGGCGAGGAGUUCGACGAGGCGUCGCGGCGCUACCUCAACUCCUCGCCGUCCUCGGCGAACCCGCCCUCCCAGCCGCAGGCCUACGAGGACUGCAGCAUGGACAGCAGCAAGAUGAGCGCGCGGAUGGAGGGCGACGCGGAAAUGGAGGCCGACGAGGAGAUGGACGAGCAGCCGGAGAACCUCUCCGGCCGGGGGACCUCCGGGCGACUCGGCCAGCAGACGGCCGCGUACCCCGGGGCCUCGCCGGCGAGCAGCAGCGCCAGCAGCGGAAGCUUGCAGACCUCCUUCGCGGGCAUCCUGUUCCCCGGCCCACCCUCGCACCACCAGCUGCCUCCCCACCCGCCGACGAUAGGAGGCGGCGUCCCGCCCAGCGUCACCGCCGGCGAGAUGAUCGUCGAUCCCGCGCGCGACCCCGCCAUCUAUUCCAGCCUGCUACCCCGGCCGGGCAGCAACGACAACUCCUGGGAGAGUCUCAUAGAGAUCACCAAGACCUCGGAGACCUCCAAGCUGCAGCAGCUCGUGGACAACAUCGAGCACAAGUUGACGGACCCCAACCAGUGCGUGAUCUGCCAUCGCGUCCUCUCGUGCAAGAGCGCGCUGCAGAUGCACUACCGCACCCACACCGGGGAGCGGCCGUUCAAGUGCAAGAUCUGCGGUCGCGCCUUCACCACCAAAGGCAACCUCAAGACCCACAUGGGGGUGCACCGGGCGAAGCCGCCGCUGCGCGUGCUCCACCAGUGCCCGGUCUGCCACAAGAAGUUCACCAACGCCCUGGUGCUGCAGCAGCACAUCAGGCUGCACACGGGCGAGCCCACGGACCUGAGCCCGGAGCAGAUCCAGGCGGCGGAGGUGAACGAGUUCCCGGCCGGCUAUCCGCCCCACCCGCUCGCCUCCUUCCUGCCCCAAGGGUUCCCGACCCUGCACCCCUCGGGGGCCGGCUUCCCCCUGGGCUUCCCGCCGUCCCGGCAGCACCACCUGGACCGCCCGUCCCAGGAGGGCGACGACUCCAAGGACGCCGGCCAGCGGCACCACCACCACCACCUCCACCAGCAGCAGCCGGGCCACCGCCACCGAGUGCACCCGCAGCCCUACGGCGACGAGCACGCCGAGGACACGGAGGACCAGGAGGACGAGGAGGAGGACCGCCGGGAGGACGACGAGAGGUGCGACGAGGCCCGGGACAGGCGAAGCGACGACGAGCCGGACCACGAGCCCGAGCACGACGAGCCCGACCGGAGGGACUCCCUCGCGGGCCUGCCUCCCAUGUUCUCGACCUCCCUCGCCGCCCUGGAGAACCAGGUGCGGACCAUCACUACGACCGCGGCGAACGGCGUCGCCGCCUCCGCCAACGCGGCCAACCCGGCCAACCCGUCGAGGUUGUCGCCGCCCCAUCGGCACCCCCACGAGUACAACGGCAGCGAGAAGAGCAACAGCCCCGCCGGGCUGGGCGCCCCCCUGGACCUCACGCCGCGCGCCUCCUCGACGCCGGCGUCGGUCGCCUCCGCGCCGACGCCGCCUCCGCACCAUGCGCACCCUUUCGGAAUGUUCGCAGGCCUGCUGCAGGCGGUCUCGUCGCCGCCCUCGAGCACCGCCGGGAGCGCGAACACCGUUGCCUCGAUCGGCAGCGGCGGAGGCGGCGGGGGCGGCGGCGGCGGCGGUGGACCCUUGGCCUCGCUAACCACCUCCGCCGUGCUCGCCGCCACCUCCACCUACAACCCGCUCGGCCUGGCUGUCGGAGGCCCAGCAGUACGUGGCAACACUACGUGCAAUAUCUGCUACAAGACGUUCGCAUGUAACUCGGCGCUGGAGAUCCAUUAUAGAAGCCACACGAAGGAGCGGCCUUUUAAGUGCAGCAUAUGCGACCGGGGGUUUUCGACCAAGGUAAACAAUCCCCUCAAUUUCCCGAUUAUUCCGUGCUCUUGCGCGGCGACGCGACCCUCCGCCAAGGACGCGCGCCGCAGGCGGCGGCGGCCCGAGGAGCGGAAGCCCCGUGGGCGGACGGGGCCAGGAGGGGGGCGGGGACUGACGUCUGCCUAUGCUGCCGUCCGCCUGCCCCCGCUGAUGCCGCCCGCCCUCGGACUUCUACCCUCGGACCACCUCUUCCUGGGCAACAUGAAGCAGCACAUGCUCACCCACAAGAUCCGCGAUAUGCCGGCGCAUCUGUUCAGCGACGCGAAGCAGUCCAAUCAGCAGCACUCCCAGCAAUCCCUGGACCACGAGAGCUCGAGAAGUCCGAUGCGUCCCGAAGAGUCGAGUUUGCCACCGCCUCCGCCACCUCCGCCACCACCCCCGAUGCCUCCGACUUCCAUGGAGUCGGCAAUCCCGGUGAAGAGGUCUCCUCCCGAGGGCGACCCCCCGGCUCCGAAGAGGCUACCCAGCAUGCCCAGCAAGCACUUGUGCCAGGUUUGCAAUAAGAAUUUCUCCUCGUCUUCGGCGCUCCAGAUCCAUAUGAGAACCCAUACAGGCGACAAACCGUUCCGAUGCACCGUCUGUCAGAAGGCUUUCACCACCAAGGGCAAUCUCAAGGUGCACAUGGGCACCCAUAUGUGGACAAACGGGGCCUCGCGUCGAGGUCGACGCAUGUCCCUGGACCUGCCGCCUCUGCCCAUCACGCCCAAGGACUCGGAGUUCCUCCAACGACGACCGGACCUCUUCUAUCCGUACCUACCCGCGCCGUUCCUUAACGGCGUCCAACAGAAGCUGAACGAGAUAUCGGUGAUACAGAGUAACAAUGGGGUGCCGGCCCAUCCGGUAGGCGCGGGCAAGUUCGCGGGACUCUUCGGUUCGGUGUACGGCGGUGGAGGUGCAGGAGUCGGGGGUGGCUACCCCAUGGAGAAACAGCCGAUGACGCCGAAUAACGGCCCCCUGGGAGACGGGAAGUCCGGACUUCCCUCGGGAUCCAUGCUGUUCCGGACGCCUUCGCCGUCCCACUCGCCCGGCACGCCGUCCUCCAACACGGGGAGCCAGAACUCGGCGAGCAUACCCUCCUGGGGUGGAGAGACUCUCCAGAGCCACUUCGAGAGGGAACCACCCUCUCUGGAGGACAAUCGGACCCCGACGACGGCGAGGAUGCCGCCUCCGACGGCGCCCAGGGGCGAGGGCUUAGCGGCGUGAAGGACCGACCAGCUGAUCAGCUGAUCGCUUGACAGUUCCGAGACCCGCCGACGCCGGUCUUCCUCCACCUGGCCACCGUGGCUCCCGUUCGAGAUAAUGGAGGAGAGAGCUCUCGGGCGAUACCGAACGAAGACCUCGGAAGAAGCUUCGUGGGCCCCGGAGUAAACCAUGGCUGAGAAUUACGCGAGGACGUCCAAGACCCAUGAGAUAGCGGCCGAGUCCGGAGAGUCCCGAGGUUUAACCGUCGACGCUGGUCUCGCUUACAUCCCGUGCACGUCCAACAGGGAAUGGUAUCAUCGGCCAUCUUCUAUCGGCACAACGAACGAAUUCGAUUCUCGAUAUCGGAGUCACUUCCACGCGUUUCCUGCACCUCGAGGUAUGAACUUCCAGAGGCGUGGGAAGGUGCGCCGCGUCGUCCUCUUUCCCCGGUGCGACUCGCACGCGAGGAAGCUCCCACUCGAGGACUAUUUCGAGAUUCCUAAAGAUUCCCGAAGACGUCAUCGGCACUGACUAUCCGUCGGUGGUCCUUCAUUGCCUCGGAAAAGGUCGGCGAUUUACUUUGACGAGGUGAUCGCUCGAUCCGGGAGCGAAACCGGAAGAACCUCAGAUCCGGAGGACGCGGAGAGACGCAGCGGGCGAAGUCGCCGGCCCCUGGGCCUCCACCUGGCGGACGAAGACCCACACCAUGUUCCUAUUAUCACACUAGUCGUUACGUUGUAAUCGAUCGGUGGACUGACUGAUCCGAGCGCGCGAUCGUCGACGGCCUUUACCCGGGCAGCCGGACCUCGACUUCGGCUCAGACCUCGGGCCCCUCGCCGAUGACUCGAUAAUGACUCGAUAAUGACUCGAUAACGACUCGAUGACUCGGCCCGCGUGGCCCGGACACGAGACCCUCGGCGCGACGCAAUCUCCGUCUUCUGGACAGGACGCGAACGGCGCUCGCGACGCCUAGACUGAGCUCUCCCGAACGCGACGGAUCUUCUUGUAUCUUGUAUGUAAUAUGUAAUAUGUAACAUGUACUGUAUAUCACCCGCCCUGUGACACGUGCUCGA